AUGCCGACUCCAGCGGCGGUACUACGCGCCUCGUUGGAAAGACACAACGACGCCUUCGAGUCUCUGCUUCGUCUAAUUCCAGCACAAUACUACAUUGUGAACGACGAAACAGAGGAACAAGCAGCGUCAAAGUACCAAAAACACAGUAAAAAACAGAACGCGCCCAAGCAGGCUAUCAAAGAGGCGACGAAGAAGGCAAAAAGAAACAAGCUCGAUCCAGCGAACCAUAAAUCCAUAGUUGAUAUCCAGAAUGAAGCGGCCUCCGCGAAAAAACAACAAAAGGGGAAGCGGAAAGCUCCUGCUACUGCCUCUGAUGAUGAAGAAUCUGCAUCUGAAGGCGACGAGCAACAUUCAGACGCAGCCAUGGACGUCGAUCUCGAGGUUGACAUGGCUUUAGACGAGGACGAAACUUUGGAAGCAGAUAGUUUGGUCCCCAUGCCACCCACAGAGGGCAUUUCAACCCUAAGGGACAAGUUACACGCACGCAUGGCCCAACUCCGGCGCGGUGGCCCUCGGAAUCCAGGCGAAGCAGGGGACCGGGAUGAGUUGCUCGAAGAAAGGCGGCGGCAAAGAGCCGCUAUGCGUGAGAAGAGGCGGAAGGAGACAAAGGAGAAGAUUCGAAGGGAGGAAGAGAUGAAAGGAAAGAAGGCUGGAGGCGGAGCAGGCGGGAAGGUCGAAGGGAGGGAUAAGGGGAACGUCACAAAGACCCAACUCUUAGUUCCAGAUCGACCCUCAGAAAAUACUACUAGCGGCCCACAAAAUAACCUUACGACCAUUGCAUUCUCAUCCCUCUCGCAUACCUCAAAGUCUACAAAAUUCAAAACGACUGCUGAUCCAACUCAAGCCCUAGCCCAACUCUCAGCACGAAAAUCUAAACUCGCUGCCUUGCCAGCAGAGAAGAGAAAAGAAAUUGAGGAGAAAGAAAAGUGGAGUAAAGCCGAAGCUCGGAUGGAAGGUGUGAAGGUGCACGACGACGAAUCGAGGCUGAAGAAGGCGGCGAAGAGGAAAGAGAAGGAGAAGGAGAAGGGGAGGAAAGUUUGGGAGGAGAAGAAGGAGCAAGUCACCAACGCGAUGGCCGCUCGACAGAAAAAGCGCAACGAUAACAUCGCAAUGCGGAACGAACGGAGGAAAGGUGGGGGUGCGGGCAGUAAGAAAGGCGGGAAAGCUCGGCCUGGAUUUGAGGGCAAGGCGUUCGGGAAGGGGAAAGGGAAGGGAAAUUCGAAAGGGGGUUCGGGUGCUAAGAAGUAG